UCUACAGUAUUUUUGACAGCACAGCCGGAAGGACACUAUGUGUCACUGUCACGUCCAAAUCCCACAAAUGAGCCAAUAGAAAUGCAGAGCUAACAGCAAAAUCCAGAUCCUCCCAAGGAGAUCCUCCAGCUAAGGGAACAAUUUCAAUCCCCCGGUACCUCCCCAAGCCGAAAGGCUGGGCGGUUUCGCUGUGCUCCCCUAUUUCUACUACACGGGACCCUUCGAGGUUGAUAACUAUGUUCUUCAUGGACGACUGUGGCCGUCGCCAAAGAGCAAUCAGUCAAUAUGCUGUGCAAUAGAGCGCUCCUGCUCUCGGUGAUCCUCACCUACCCCCCAUUGGCCAUUCACAGACAUGUGUCUGGAAGGAUGGCACAACGGCGACAGGUUAUGUCCCAUGCAUAUCAGGAGCAACAUCAGGCACAUGUUGCCACUCCGGUGAAGCCUGCCUCGCAUCUGGAUUGUGCUAUGGCGCGCCUGGAUUGAUGUACCGCGGCGCCUGCGUCGACAGCUGGGACACACCGGACUGCCUGACAUUUUGCAAAGAAUUCCUGCCCUACUGGGCCAACAUCUACCCGUGCAACGAUGGGGUUGGAGCCGACAACCCCAAAAUGUUCUGGUGCGGCAGCCCUACGCUGAAAACGUGUAGCGCAGACUUCAAAGCCAGCCCCGGUGUGGCCGUGAAAAUCUUACCCAAAUCCUCGACAACUACGGAGUCAUCUUCGCAGACCACGUCGCCUACGUCAUCCUUGCCAACCUCGACCCCCUCGGCAACUGACACAGGAUCAACGAACCCUACAUCAUCCAACCCAGGAGCGACGACCCCCACCGACGUGGUCUGCUCAGACAAGACCAUCUCAGAUAAGACCCAGUGCUCGGGUGCCACGAAAGCCGAGAAAAUCCACUACGCCAACUCCGUCAAAGCAGUGGGAGCCGGCGUGGGAGUCCCACUCGGCGUCCUCGCCCUGGCGUUUUUAGGGCUUUUCGUAAACGAGCGACGCCUGCGCAAGAAACUGAUGAAGCCCACUGACGUCGGCGGCGCUGGCGUUGCAUAUGGGCCGGUUAAUAAUACAUACCAAGGUCCGGAUUAUGGCCAGGGACAAGGCCAGGUACAAAGCCAAGAACAGAUGCAGUAUAUAUACAAGGCCGAGAAUGAGAUGUCCGCGAACCCGGAUCCGCCGCAUGGGAUGACAGGGGGUCAUCACCGUCCUGUUCAUGAGCUUGGGGGACAUAAUUACCCAUUGUAGUUUUAUGUUGAUAUGU